AAAAAGAUGCUCCAAUGCGUGAGAAAUUUCACUUGUGCCACUCCUUUACUCCUCAAAACCCCACCAUCAGUGUCUCACACAGCAAACCAAAGCAAAGGAAUCCUCAUUCCUUCCAUCAAAACGGUGCGCUUCGCUCCCUCUCUCUAAAACCAACACAUACUACUUCUCUUCAGCUUCUCCCACUAAAACACACUAUCUAUAUGGAAGUGCCGGAAUACUUCGUCGGAAGCUUUUUUGGCACCGGAGGAGCCGAACAGUUCUGCCCUCCGGAGAAGCGCCACUCCGACCAGAAAACCGGCGAGCCUUUCGCCAUUGACGACCUCCUCGACUUCUCCCACGCCGACGCCAUUAUGUCCGACGGUUUCUUCGACAAUGUCGCCGGAAACUCCACCGACUCCUCCACCGUCACCGCCGUCGACAGCUGCAACUCCUCAAUUUCGGGCAGCGACAACCGCUUCGCCACCACCAUUGUCCCUCGCGGCUUCCCCAGUGAUCCUCAAUUCUCCGGAGAACUCUGCGUUCCGUAUGAUGAAAUGGCGGAACUGGAAUGGCUCUCUAACUUCGUGGAAGACUCGUUCUCCGCCGAGGAGGAGCUGAAGACGCUGCAGCUACUCUCCGGCGCCGCCGCCGCGUCCACCGCCAUUGGCGCGAAACCGCAGACGCCGGAGUCCUCCUCCUCCACCGACACGCUUCCGCCGUUCGCCUCCGACGACACCUUGCGAAACGCACCGUUUCUCCACUCGGAAACGCCUCUCCCGGGGAAGGCGCGCAGCAAGCGCUCACGGGCGGCGCCGGGGGACUGGUCCACGCGCCUGCUCCACCUGGUCGCGACGGAGCAGGAGAAGCUGCCGCAGCUAAAGGCGGAGCCGGCGAAGAAGAGAGAAGGAACGAAUGCGGAGUGUUCCGGACGCAAAUGCCUGCACUGCGGUACGGAGAAGACGCCGCAGUGGAGAACGGGACCGAUGGGACCGAAGACGCUGUGCAACGCGUGCGGCGUAAGGUUCAAGUCCGGGAGGCUGGUGCCGGAGUACCGACCGGCAGCGAGUCCAACGUUCAUGUCAACGAAGCAUUCGAAUUCGCAUCGGAAGGUUUUGGAGCUGAGGCGGCAGAAGGAGCUGCAGCGACAGCAGCACCAGCAAUUGAUGAGUCAAAGUUCAAUUUUCGGCGUAUCCAACGGUGAGGAUGAGUUCUUGAUCCAUCAUCAUCACCAGCAUUGUGGGCCAGACUUUAGACACGUUAUUUAGAGUACCUAGUUUAAAUUUUUUAAUUUUAAUUAAGGGUGCAGGUCUAAGUUUAAACUUUAAACUAUCGUCAGCUUCGGCACUCCUUUUUUUCUUUCUUAUCUGAAAAAUUUUGAAUUCUUAGCUUUUUCUAAUUUUCUCUUCUUCCUUUAUGGCAGAAAGUCAGAAAAGAAAAGGAAAAAAAAAGGGCAAUAGAAUCAUGGGGAAGGGUUAAAAAUAGGGAGGGAGAGCUUCAUUCGGUUGUAGAAUCUACUCUUGAUUGUUUUCUCUUUUUUAUUUUAUAUUUUUGCCCUAUUUGGAAAA